UCUUAAGGCUCUGCCCCUGAGCUCCCAGUGAACUUGGGAGGGAAGCAGAACCCAGAGAAGGCUGAUGCAUUCCAAUGUUUGGCCCUGAACUAGACAUUUGCCUAAGACCUGAGCCCUUAGAUCCUAACUCCUGACACUGCUGAGAACUUCGUAAUGGAUGCUGAUUGGCUUUGAGAUGCUCCUUGCUUGAGUAUCCAAAAAAAGGAGCUGGGUAAACCAGGUUGCCCUUUACAGAGGAAGAGCUACUUUCAAUUCCCCAAAGUUUUAGAAGGCUGAAGAGAGUUUAUGCCAAAAAUUCCCUGUUCCCUAUCUCCUACCAUACGUAGUAAUGAGGGCAGGAGGGAAGAAGAUCCUUAAAUUCCAUACUAGCUUGGAGGUAGGUGCUCAAAAAAUACUCGGUCCGUUGACUGGUUUGUCAGAAUUAUCUGUCGAAAGUUCCCCAGCCAUUUCCCAAAUGCUGUAAUUCAUCCUAAUUGGAUUUCAAGAGAACUGAGUCCACAGAUAGGGAGGUAUUGGAUUUUAGUUUGUACCACACCUCUUUUUGGAAGGGUUUGAGGCAGUUUACAGAGUGAAGCAAUGUUUUUAAGUAAGAUUUUUUAAGGAUGAAACAUAACUUGGUGGUUGGAAAGAUGAAAAAAGUAAUAGCUACUUCCAAGCAUCACCGUGUUCAACACUUAUGCUAUAAAUUUGACUGAAAGAUUUCUGGCAGAAAGGCCAAAAAUGGAAAACCACUGGGUUACCCAGUGUGCAUUUUCUGAAACCAGAAAGUAUGCAGAAUCUCCUGUAGGGAAACCAUUUUCCUCAAGCUAAAGCUUGAUAGAAAGUGAUUGUGUUUGGUCCCAAUAAAGCUGAGCGACAGGGCGAAGAGAACAAUUCAAGUCAGCUGUCAUCUCUCUGAAUGCAGUGUUCCCAGUGCCGUGUGAGAGACGUUCAUGCCCAUAGGUCACCCGAGAGCAGGUAGGCUUGACUGUGACAGAUGCACUACCCUCCAUAGGACCCACGAGGACUGGCUCUUGGUCCAGGGGGAGGGCAGGAUGACUAGAUUUCAAAAGGCAGGGAAGGAGUCAAAGGCCAUGUUUUCCACGUUGAUUUUACAAAAGGUAACAGAGACACCGUCCAAAGGAAUAACAAACGAAUCACUUUCGAGUAAUUAUAUGUCAGGUACAUUUGAUCAUUUCACCUUAACGGCAAUCCUGUGGAGGAAGGUCAUUGUUUACAUUUUACAAAGAAGGAAACUGAAGCUCAGUUUGUCCAAAGUCACACAGCUGGCAAGUGGUGAAGUCGGGAUUCCAUCUCAGGACUGUGUGCCUCUUUCCCACUAUACCGCUCUGUUUAUUCAACCCAAAAAUUCUUCAUUGAAGUUUCUGUAAAGAAAGAACGGAAUGUGGCAUGCUGGCUGGGAGGGGCUGAGGAAUACUGUGCAGGAACUUAAUGCUUUGAUGACAUAACUGACCUGGGAAUAGAAACUGGAGCUGGAUGAAUAGACAGGUACCUUGUCAGUUGCCCUAUCAUGUCCAUUUCCAGAUGCUUUAAAUGAGCUUUUUGGCUGAUCUGAGACCACAGUCAAGUCACAAGUGAUUCUCUGUAAGUUGCCCACUUUGUGAACAGAUAAUUAAUGGCAAAUCAUCUCUCCCCACUCUCCUCCUUUCCAAUCCUCUCCACUCAUCACCACACUCCUCUCCCGCAAGUUCCAGCCAUUUUAAAUACCGCUCAGAAUGUGCUAUGUAUCCCAACACCUCCAGGCAAUUGCACAUGCUGUGCAAUCCUUCAAGACUUAGCUCCACCUGGAAGCCUCCCCUGAGUUCCCCCUUGCUCCCGAUCUCCACCCCUCCAUGUGGAUAAGGCCCCCCACCUUCAUUCUCCCAUGGAACCCUCUACACACCUGAUUGUUAGUGCUGUAGUUUCAUGGUGGGUUUACUUGUUUGUCUGUGAGCUCCUUAUUCAUCGUUGUAUCCCCAGAGCCAUGCACAGUGCCCAGCAGGUGGUCAGUGCCCAGUAAUGUUUGUUGAAUGGAGACAAUGAUCAGCUACUUUGUCAGGCACUUCCUGGGCACCGGAUAUAGAGAGAUGAUUAAAACACAGACCCUUCCCUGGAGGAACUCAGAGCUCAGAGUCUGAUACAUAAAGUAAUGAUUAGAGCCUAAUAUUAUAAGAGCUAUACCAUCUGUAACAGGGGAUUUAGGGAGCACAGAAGAGGAAGAAAAUAACAGGCUGAGGAGUGAGACAAGUCUUUCAGAGGGAGUAAUUUAUGGACUGAACCUUAAAAUAAUGAAAGAUUUUUGCCAAACUUAGAAAUAUGCCAGGCAUAGGGACUUCCCUGAUGGCACAGUGGUUAAGAAUCCGCCUGCCAAUGCAGGGGACAAGGGUGCAAGCCCUGGUCCGGGAAGAUCCCACAUGCCGCAGAGCAACUAAGCAUGUGCGCCACAACUACUGAGCCCGUGCUCUAGAGCCUGAGAGACACAACUACUGAGCCCACAUGCCACAACUACUGAAGCCCGCGUGCCUAGAGCCCGUGCUCCACAAGAGAAGCCACUGCAGUGAGAAGCAUGCGCACUGCAAUGAAGAGUAGCCCCUGCUCGCCGCAACUAGAGAAAGCCUGCGUGCAGCAACGAAGACCCAACACAGCCAUAAAUAAAUAAAUAAAGCAUUUCUAAAAACUAAAUAAAAUGGUUACAAUGGUCAAUUUUAGGAAAAAAAAAAAAAAGAAAUAUGCCAGGCAGAUGGGGGAAACAUACAAAGGCAUGAAAGAGAUUCAAAGUUUGGGAAAGUGCAAGAAGUAUUGAAAUCCUGUGCCAAAAUUUAGAAUGAAAAACAGGUUUUGGAUCUCAAACAUGAAAGAUGUAAGGUUGUCACUCUCUUGUGGAAGUUUUAAGACUUUAUUAUUCUGACUUUUGUUUUGGGGUUUUUAAAAAAUAUUUAUUUAUUUAUGUAUUUGGUUGGUUGAGUCUUAGUUGUGGCAGGCAAGCUUCUUAGUUGUGGCUCAUGGGCUCCUUAGCUGCAGCAGGCAGACUCCUUAGUUGUGGCAUGCAAACUCUUAGUUGUGACAUGCAUGUGGGAUCUAUUUCCCAGGCCAGGGAUUGAACCCAGGCCCCCUGCAUUGGGAGCGUGGAGUCUUAACCACUGUACCACCAGGGAAGUCCCAUGACUCUUCUGUUUUUACUCAGUCAGAUGGAUUUCAUCACAAGGCAGUAAAGACGUGAUAGCCACCUGGGAUGAAAUAAAUAACAACUUGUUUAUAGUUUCUGGUCUGCCUCCUUCCCAAAAUGGUUUGAUUUGACUUGUAACAGAUGCGUCCACAAUAAGACUGUUCAUAUAGAAACAAGAAACAAAACUAUAGAUGGGAAGGAUAUAAGCCAGCUUCCUAAGAUCUGUCUGCUUCAUUAGCUUACUUGAUGUUCAAGAUAAUCCUCUGAGGAAGAGCAGCAGGUCCUGUGUGGUUUAGAGACCAGUGUGUAGGUGUGCUCCUUAUAGGACAUGCUUGCGGAUUCCAUAGAUAUGUGGAUAUUUCCCCCAUUUUCCAAUUGGUGCCACAGAUAUUUCCUGGUGCUGUGAUUUCUUCCAUUUCCAUCCCUCGUGCUUGUUGGUGGAAAUAAUCAUCUUUACUUUGCUGUCCUUCAGAUUCAUUGUUUGUUUGAGCUUCUUCAUCCAAGCUACUUUCAGACUCUUGCCCUUUUAAAGUUUUUCUCCUUCUUUAAAAAAAAUGACUCCAUGCAUAAAACUUAGAAAAGCACAGAAAAAAGUCCCCCAAGAUAUUAUAACAAAGGAUAUUCAAAUUAAUUCUUUUUUUACUGAAAAAAAUUUUGACAUUAUUUUAGACUUCCAGAAAAGUUUUCAAGAAUAGGACAAAGAAUUCCUGAAUACGUUUCACCCACAUUCCCCAACUCCUAACAUUUAACUAUAUUUGUGGGGUUUUUUCUCCCUCUCUCUCCUCUCCCUCUUUCUCUCUAUUUUUCCCCUGAUUCUGUUGAAGAAAAAGUUGCAGACAUUGUGCACCGUUAUGUAAGCUGAAAUACUUCAGCAUGUAUUCCCUAAAAACAAAGAAUUCGCUUACAUAACCACACUAUUAUUAUGUUAUGUGCGCCCUUCUAGGCUUUUUUCUGUGCAUAUAUCUGUGUACUCGUAUUUAAAUUAAAUAAUACAUUGUUUUGCUUAUUUUGUUUAUAUUUAUUUAUAAUGGCUUGCUCAUUUGGAGGGAUUAGCAAUAAAGACCACAGAUAAUCUCAUGCCUAUUAAUAUUCUACAACAUGAUUCUUCAGCAGACUGUGCCUUUGGACACAGUGGGUUUCUGGGUGGCACAGCGUUUUAUCAGGCCAACUGCUUCCGAGAAUGAACUGUUCUGGUGCUCUUGCAUGUGUAGUCAUAUAUCAGUGGAAAACACCUACAUGGUAAAGAGGCAGGGUACUGGAAAGCCUGGAAUGCAAUUUAAUCUUUAUUCUGCAGUCAGUAGAGAUCCAGUGGAAGUUUUAUAGCAGAAGAGUCAGCCAACAAGAGCUGGGUUUUCUGGAGGUUAAUUUGACAGUGUCUGCAGGAGGGAAUGAAGGAGGCAGGAAUCAGAGGCUGAGUCCAUAAGUCCCUCAGAACUGGUUAAAGUCAUACGGCUAUCUGCUGCCCUAUGACUCACGGGCAUCUGCGUUGCACUCAGGGAAGGCCUUACAGUCAGCAGUCGCCACUAUGCAGCAGUUUUACGGGAUCCCAGUCACCGGUGUGUUGGAUCAGACAACAAUCGAGUGGAUGAAGAAACCCCGAUGUGGCGUCCCUGAUCACCCGCACUUGAGCCACAGGCGGAGAAACAAGCGCUAUGCCCUGACAGGACAGAAGUGGCGGCAGAAGCACAUCACCUACAGCAUUCACAACUACACCCCAAAGGUGGGUGAGUUAGACACGCGGAAAGCUAUUCGCCAGGCUUUCGAUGUGUGGCAGAAGGUGACCCCGCUGACCUUUGAAGAGGUGCCCUACCAUGAAAUCAAAAGUGACCGGAAGGAGGCCGACAUCAUGAUCUUCUUUGCUUCUGGCUUCCAUGGAGACAGCUCCCCGUUUGAUGGCGAAGGGGGAUUCCUGGCUCAUGCCUACUUCCCUGGCCCAGGGAUUGGUGGAGACACUCACUUUGAUUCAGACGAGCCAUGGACAUUAGGAAAUGCCAACCACGAUGGGAACGACCUCUUCCUGGUGGCCGUGCAUGAGCUGGGCCACGCGCUGGGACUGGAGCACUCCAACGACCCCAGCGCCAUCAUGGCACCCUUCUACCAGUACAUGGAGACACACAACUUCAAGCUGCCUCAGGAUGAUCUCCAGGGCAUCCAGAAGAUCUACGGACCCCCCGCGGAGCCCCUGGAGCCCACAAGGCCCCUCCCCACACUCCCCGUCCGCAGGAUCCACUCACCGUCUGAGAGGAAGCAUGAGCGCCAGCCCAGGCCCCCUCGGCCGCCCCUGGGGGACCGGCCAGCCACACCAGGCGCCAAACCCAACAUCUGUGACGGCAACUUCAACACGGUGGCCCUCUUCCGGGGCGAGAUGUUUGUGUUUAAGGAUCGCUGGUUCUGGCGCCUGCGCAAUAACCGGGUACAGGAGGGCUACCCCAUGCAGAUCGAGCAGUUCUGGAAAGGCCUGCCCGCCCGCAUAGACGCAGCCUAUGAAAGGGCUGAUGGAAGAUUCGUCUUCUUCAAAGGUGACAAGUACUGGGUGUUUAAGGAGGUGACGGUGGAGCCUGGGUACCCCCACAGCCUGGGGGAGCUGGGCAGCUGUCUGCCCCGAGAAGGCAUUGACACAGCUCUGCGCUGGGAACCUGUGGGCAAGACCUACUUUUUCAAAGGCGAGCGGUACUGGCGCUACAGCGAGGAGCGGCGGGCCACGGACCCUGGCUAUCCCAAGCCCAUCACCGUGUGGAAGGGCAUCCCCCAGGCUCCCCAAGGGGCCUUCAUCAGCAAGGAAGGAUAUUACACCUACUUCUACAAGGGCCGGGACUACUGGAAAUUCGACAACCAGAAACUAAGCGUGGAGCCAGGCUACCCGCGCAACAUCCUGCGUGACUGGAUGGGCUGCAACCAGAAGGAGGUGGAGAGGCGCAAGGAGCGGCGGCUGCCCCAGGACGAUGUGGACAUCAUGGUGACCAUCAACGACGUGCCAGGCUCUGUGAAUGCAGUGGCCGUGGUCAUCCCCUGCAUCCUGUCCCUCUGCAUCCUGGUGCUGGUCUACACCAUCUUCCAGUUCAAGAACAAGGCAGGCCCUCAGCCUGUCACCUACUAUAAGCGGCCAGUCCAGGAGUGGGUGUGAGCAGCCCAGAGCCCUCUCUGUCCACUCGGUCUGGCCAGCCAGGCCCUUCCUCACCAGGGUCUGAGGGGCAGCUCUGGCCACUGCCCACCGGGGCCAGCAUGGCCCUAGGCCAGGGGUCAUGUAGCCGAAGUGGUGGUGCAUUGGCCUAGGCUGAGCAUGGGGCAGGGAGUGAUGGCAGCUGUGCCCCAGGGUGGGUGUCUGGCACCCAGCUGCCAGCCUUCUGUCCUGGGUAAACCGCUCCCUACUCAAGGGAAUAGGCCAGGCCCCAUCAGGAGGCAGGGACCAUGCCAGGAGGAGGCCCGUGGUCACUGCGCCCUGUGGCGUCCACGAGGCACCACAGCGCCAUCUGUACCUGGCUGGACCCAGCACCUUCUGUGGGAAGCCAGCGCUAGCGGUCUCAGCCCCAUCUGGGAGAUGCCACCAGUCCUGGUCCCCCAUUGCCAACACCUGCUGGUCAGAUGUCCCCCCACCCCUACCCCACCGUCCUCCAAGGCUACAGGACCCCUGCUGCCGACACAGUGGGCAACAAGCCUAGGUUUCCUCUGCUGGCAACAGCAGAUCCCUCAGGAAACCUGCUCCACACGUCAGGGUCUCCUGAGACCCAGGAUUUAGGGUCACAUGCUGCAGGCAGGGCUGUGGCCCAGCUGGGUCUGACAAGGACCCAGCUGUCAUGUCGUGAAUAUUUCAAUGUCCUGUCACUAUUGUUUAAAGUCCCAUUCUGCAAAGGCUGCUUGAGGCUUUAGGUGAAUUAGAGGUGACUGUCUUGGUGAUGAGGCCAGCCCUCCCCCCAGCGAUAAGGACCAAGGUGCUGUUAAGGCCACUCUAGUGCCCAGACACGCCAGGAGCUGGGCCCCGCUAAUGAGGCUAAAGGGCUGGAGCAGGAGCUGACCCCAUCUCGGAGGCUGAUCUGAGUUUGUAGCUGUCCUCCACUCUCCCGUUCCUCUCCCCAUCCCCCAAGUCCCUGGCCCUGCUCCAGCCUGUCGCUUGUGGCCUGAGGACUCAGCCUGACUAGUGAGGUGAGACGGAAAUAGCUCUGGGCCAACAUUCUCACGGCCUUGGGUUAAGGGGCCCAGGGCAGCCUUCUGAAGUGCUCAGAGCCCACACCCCUAGCUACCCUGAGACCACUUCAAUCUCUCAGCCCAGAAGCAGUGUUUAUACCAUGAGCUUGGCCCCUGCUAACCCAGCUCUCUGGGCCCAUCACCCUGCAUUGCUCUUCGGAAAGGGGCAGCCACAACUGGUAACAACCCCAAGCCUAGGGGCCCGCCCCUCACUGUCUCUGGCAGGAAUUCCUAGGGCUCUGCUUGCCUCACUCCAACCCAGUAAGAGGCAGCCCUGCUUGUCACUACGGAGCCGGAGGCAAAACCAAUGGGUUCAACUAUGUCCACUGGCUCCCUGCCAAAUCCAAGCAGAGGUGUCAGUCUCCAGGGUGCUGGCAGGGCCUCUGAGCCUGCAUGGGCCUUGCCCCCACCCCGUGGCCUCUGGGCUUUGAGUCUGCUUAACCUGUAGCAGACAGGGACUCUGGGAGCUGUCUUGAGCAAAAUCUCUCAUCCCAGAGACACCUAUAUGGGUCCACUGUGUUCCCUGUCAUCAUCCUGUUUUUUCUCAUUUUGGCCAAGGGCGGGCUCCCUGGGGCGGGUGGGGAACAACUGCAGAGAUAUUAGUGAUUCAUAGGUUUGUACAGUGUUUUAUACUUUGCAAAGCACUUUAUUAGCUCACCCCUGUCCGCUCACAUGUAACUCAUGCAGGCCCUGGGAGGCCAAGGGUAACUCUCACUGUGCCCGCAAAUGAAGCACAGAGAGGCUGUUACUUGCCCAGGCCACCCAGUGGGCUUGCUAGACCCCUCUAGGGUCCAAGAUGAGAUCAGAAGUGUCUCUUUUAUCCAUCUUUUCUUGGCCUCCCUUCUCCCCUUCCGGGUCCCUCUCCACUCCUCAGGUUGGUGCUCUCACUUCUUGAAAGCUCUAGGCCCCCCAGGCUCCCCACUGGCUCCUGGUACUACCGAGGUCAGCUGAGAAAGAGCAGGAGAUGGAGGCAGGCAGCCCAGGCUGCAGAUGUGAGGGAUGCAGGGCCAGGCCCAGAGAGGGCUCAGCCUGGAGCCUUCCAAUCAUGGAUUCUCCUGCCUUGUGGUCAUCCGUUUGUCCAUCAUCCCAGGACAGGGCAGACAGAGGGGCAAAGCACUGGAAGCCCCAGAGCCCAGCUUCCCCUCAGUCUGGGGAACAUCACAGCAUUUCAGUGUCAGUCACAUUUUAAACUGAUCAGCCUUUGUAUAAUGUUUUUUAAAUCAUUUCUAAAUAAAACAAAAAUACAGA